UGAACGAACACGCGCCUAACACAACCACCAUCUUGAGUCACGAAGAUCUUUUAGGAUCCACCUUGGAUACAUAUUGCGCUUCUUAUAAUUAUUGAUGUCUCUCCCUCCUCGCCUUCGCGGUCACAGCGUUGCUCUUUUCGCCAUGGAAUCAACGCCUGAGCCUGGCCUCGGAAUGCCACAUAAUGCCCUCAAACGAAACCGUUCACAGACCAUCGACGAAAUGCCGGAGGAGGUACCUGAACUUCCGAAGCUUUCAGGGCCCGUUAUUCUUGAAGUCUACACUCACAAAUCCCUUCGACUGGCAUGCAAUGCACAGUUUCCUGACAAUGAGCGAUUGGCCAUCCUUGGCCACGAAAUUUUGGAGAUGAUGACGACGCAUCUACUUUUCUUCCGGAAACCCAAGCUUCCAGUGCAUCUAAUUGAGGUACAACGGACGCAGCUCUUGACCGACGAAACGAUUGAUAUCUGGUCAAAACUGUACGGGCUGCGGAACCAGCUUCGUUGUGACCCUAGGUGUCUACAAUCACUCCAGAGUCCUGAGGAAGGGCGCCUGAUAUUCAAUGCAUAUCUGGGAGCCGUGUUCACCGAGCACGGGCUCCAGACAGUGCACGAGUGGAUAGGCGGCCUCCUUCGGCUGUCCACUACGAUACUGAAUGACAAUCACGAUAUGGAUGUUGAUGUUGCGUCGAUAACUUCGAAACCACCAUCGCCAUCACCCAUUCCCACCUCGAAACGAAUUAAAGUAGAGGAGCCUUCUGCUCCUCCUCCACCAUUACCAUCAUUCCCUCCUCCACCAGUGUACCAACUGCCCUCACGUUUUUCGACUCACCAGCCUUCCCCACAACCACAACCACGGCUUCAGCUGCCGCUACCCACACCGCGCACCUUUUUUUCGCAAUUAGCUCAAACCACCCACUACAAUCCGUAUUUGCGGUCAUCUCCGGCUCGACCGCCGUCUCCCCCAAGGAUCCCACCUCCAAAUCCGCUGGCGCCUGCUCAACCUCACCUUGCAUUUCUACCGCUGUUCAAUCAAACAGCUCAUCAACGUGGUGUGAGCGUCAAUUACCCAGCAGUAUUGGUGGGUCCACCACAUGCCGGAAAAUGGAACGUUACUUGCGUUGUUGAUGGGAUCGAGAAGGGUAAAGGAACUAGCGACACUAAGCAGCAAGCCAAAGAGCAAGCUGCAAGACAGGCUUACUACGAGAUGGGGUGGGCACCUCGAGGGUAGCGCCAUCAGAUGUAGAGGCACUGCGCGUUUCUCAUAGCAGUGCUAUUCGGGCAAGUUUCAACCACGGACUCUUGGUGGAGAUUAUGGCUGUGUGCCCGAACAGCACUAUUAUAAGAUAUAUGACUAGUCCUGCGUUCCAGCAGUUUUGUAGGAACGGAGUGGCGAGCUAGGUAUUAAUUCCUCUUCAUAGUUUUUUGUCGUGAAUGGACUCCGCUAAAUCAGGUACAGAGGGUAUCUGUACGAGCAUUAGAGAUAGUAGGGACCAACGUGACCAUUGUUGAGCUCUAUCGGUCCAUCCACGGGAGGAGAUACGGAAUUUAAUUAUUACCUUGUUCGCUUC